CUGCACCGGCUCCGCUCGGGCUCCGCCGCUGCCCCUCCGCCGCCGAGGCUGCCAGAGAGCCCCCCUCCCUCCCUCCCUCCCUCCCUCUCCCCCGCCCUCCGCCCUGUCCCCAGCGCCGCCGCCGCCGCUUCCACAAGAUGGCGGGGACCGUGGCCGAGCGGGACGCGCUGAAAAUAGAGGACGGGCAUUUAAACAACUCCCUGGGAUCCCCGGUGCAAGCUGAUGUGUACUUCCCUCGCUUGAUCGUCCCCUUCUGUGGGCACAUCAAAGGAGGAAUGAGGCCGGGAAAGAAGAUCUUAGUUAUGGGCAUAGUGGACCUCAACCCCGAGAGCUUUGGCAUCAGCCUGACUUGCGGGGAGUCAGAAGAUCCUCCUGCGGAUGUAGCCAUAGAACUGAAAGCUGUGUUUACAGACAGACAGUUUGUCAGAAACUCUUGUGUAGCCGGAGAAUGGGGGGAAGAGCAGUCGUCUAUUCCUUACUUUCCAUUUAUACCGGACCAGCCUUUUAGGGUUGAGAUACUUUGCGAGCAUCCCCGUUUUAGAAUAUUUGUGGAUGGACAUCAGCUCUUUGAUUUUUACCACCGUAUUGAAACACUGUCAGCAAUUGACACAAUAAAGAUAAAUGGAGAUCUUCAGCUUACAAAACUGGGCUGAGCUUGUUAGGACUGCAGAUUCCAAACCAGCUCAGGUGCCAUCGUCCGUUUGGAGCAGUGACAGCCAGCUCUGGACACAGCUAUGGUAGGAAGGCUGCCCUGUUCCUUUUCCGCAUGCAGUUCUUCACUCCUGUGCCGAUGAAUUGGGCUGUUUUUUAUCCUAAUGAAGAGCACUGUUGGUUAAUAGACAUUGAGCCGUUUUUCUUGGAUCAAAAUAGCCCACCUGUGCUGGAUAAUCAAAUUGGAAUGGAUUCAGAAAGACUUGCAGUCUUUGUUUCAAAUCUCACAGAAAUGCAGUUUCUGAAAUGCAGCGCUAAAACCGGUUACUGAACAGUAGUGACAACAAAAACGAGUUUUUCUUUUGCAAAUAUUGUUUCUGCACUGAAGUGGAGUAGUGUAGCACAACAUAGGGCCACGUGCUGACGUCCUUACCCGGGGCCUGAGCCUGGUUCCAUGGAAAUCAAUGGCAAAACUCCCACUCACUUUAACGGGGUACAAUCAAACUGUCUAGUCCUUAGUCAAGCACAAUUCCCACUGAUUUCUAUGGCAUUUUUGCACGCACCUUGGGGCCUGCUGUUCUGCUGGUGUAAAUCAGCAUUGCCUCCGCAGCUUGCAGUGGAAUUCUGCUGAUUGCUCCCAGCUGCUGGUUUGGCCCAAGGGCUGUGCAAAAACUGACUGAGGGUGUGUGGACACAGCCUGUGUAUUUUAGUCAGGGUAUUUGCAUAGAAUGUAGGUCGUUAUGAGUUUUUGCACAACGUAUUGUUAAUACAAUUUUUAAAGCUUCUCUGUAGUUUAUUUAUUUAUACUCAUUGUAUGUAUUAUUAGUAAAAAAUGAACAAUCUUACUGGCGGUUAGGAACGGCAACGUGUAAACAUUUUGAAUGUACAAAAUGUCUGAGGUUCUUUGGGUAAACUUUACAUAUCGUUCUUGAAAAAAACCAUGUUUCCUAUUGAACAUUUAGUUAUGUUUUGGUGGAGCCCUCUAGGCCCUGGGAAAACGUGGGCAUGGUGGCUGGUGGGGGGAACUCCGCAUAUUCACGAGGAUCUGUUUUUCAGGGCUUACUAACUUUGCUGCACAGGAUAGGUUUGAGUUGAAGUCGAUCCAUUUUUAAAAACUUAAAACCCAAAUUUGUAGGUUUAACUGUGCUUUUAUAACCUGAGAAAAAGUUGAAUUUGGCAAUCUCUUAGUUCAGAAAGAGAACCAGGCUCUUUCCAAGGGAGAUGGGAGAUUCUUUACACUUGUUUGAGAACAUAUUUGGCCUUUGAUAUGACAAUUAAAACUUGUCUAGACAGCCAAGUUAUUAAUGCUUGAAAAUCAGCUACUGCACAUGAAUAACUUUUCAAGUAGCUUUUAAAAUAGUAGGUAUAGGUGUAUAAACACAGUCAUUGCGCUACACUAUAAAUGAACACAGCCACUUUCUUGACUUCUUUAGGACUAAAUACACUUUUUUCCUUGGCUGCUCACAAUGGACUGUAGUGGGUCUUUCUGAGUAGUUAUAAUUGUGAUAUAAACAUACAUUUAGGCAAUUUUGAAAACACAUAAUAUAAGGACUAAAACACAGACUAUAAAAAACAUCCUUUGUAGCACAGUAUUAAAAAAAAAAAAGAGAGAGGAGAAUCUCACAAACAGAACUGUGUUAAACCUGCAAUAAAACUGUGGUUUAAAGCCACCAGAACUGGAAUAUCCAAAGUUAAGGGUAGAAUGCCAAUGCAAAGCCUCAUUUUGUGCUAAUUUGGCCUGCAGUUAAGAAGCCUUAGACUGCAAGCUGAAAUUCCAACUGUGGCUCUAGUCCAAAGCCUGUUGAGGUCAAUCAGAGUCCUCUGAGCAUAGAAGCCUGAUUCUUAUUUCAUGCAAGUGCAAAUCUCUUUGUAAAGCUGGGGGGUUGUUGCUGCUACUCCAGAUGAAUUAAGGAUCAGACUGCCACCUAUAAAAUACAAGUUAAAAAUUCAAUUUUUAGCCUUAACAUUUGACACUCCCUGACUUUUCUUCCUACUUCCAAAUUAAGAGAGAACUUGUUGUUUUCUGGGUGACUUUUUUAUCUGGUGUGUGGCUUUUAAGCUUUACAUCAGAUUCUAUUUGUACUCCAGAUUGAAUUGAAAUGUUCCUGUCUUGCUCUGUUUUUACUCUUUUACAUGAUACAUGAUGACUGUGUCAUUUUCCAUUGUAUAAAAAACGCUGACAGUGUUUCGGUACAAAAUAUAUUCUUAAAAAUUAUGAUAAUAAAAAUCCAAGGGAAAGGUGCUUCUACAUGAGGUGUUUUGGAUUUUUCUCCAGCUUGGAAAUGAUCUAUGGUUCCAAAGCUGAUGCAGGCAGAAGAUGUUUGGAGAGAAAUUUAGCACCCUCUGUGCCUAGUGCUUUCUCCCAACUGGAGAAGCCAGGUUUGCUGAUGAAGGGCCAAUGCCUGAGGCCAGAAGUAGGAGGCAGGAGAGAGUAGCAUCUCGACCCUACAGUAGCUCAAACCCAAAGGAAAUCUCCCUGACAGCAUACCAAUAGAGAUUUCCCCUUCCAUGCCUUCGCUGUAUCCUAGGAAAAGCAAUUUGGCUGCCUUGAAUUUUCACAGCCCUCACACUUCUGCUCUCCCGCGCAGUCUCGGCACAGUGCAGUGCCUACCCCAGGGAUGCUGAGGUGAACUCGGUGCACCACCUGUCAGUGCCAUCUCUGGUGGGAGCAAGGGCCUGCUGAUCCUGCCUUGCUCCUCUUCCCAGCUGCUGUGCUGGGCACUCCCAUUUGUUCCCACUCCAGGAGUUUUCUGUCUGGGGAAAAUGCUUUUUUUUUAACCCUGUUUCUGGUUUUGCCUUUGCAUAACUUCACCAACCACGGUGCCCACCACCUGAUCCUGCCCCGUUGUGGUUUCUGAGCCAGGCUUCAAGGCAAGAAGGGCUGUGAACCCUCUGCUGAUGGGUUGUGGUUUGGCUGAGAGCUCAGGAAAGGGCAGAAAGUCACAGUUAAGGCUUCCACAUCUAUCUAUCUACUUGUCACCUGCUUGGAAGCCUUUUUAUUUUUCUUUUGCUCUUGGGCACUACCAGGCAAUGGCAGGUGAAAGGAUGAUGUCUAUGUCACCAAGGGCUGUUUCCACAGGUGCUUGGCUUACACUGCCUAAUCAUGUUAAGAAGCAACUGCAGAACACUUGCAUGUGCAGUGUAAGUCAGAGAAAACGGAGGCCUUAACUGUUUCUGCUCAGUUGGACCUUGAGCCAAUUUCAAAUGCUUAAGGUGGGAGACUGUGCUGCAAAAUUUAUAUCUGAAUUUUUAGGUCUCCACAACUUAAGGGAUUAUUCAGAUCUUCAUUUUGAAUAUAAGUCCUAAUAGAUCUGAAAUAAAGACUAUUUCCAAAUUGCGCCAGGUUUUUCAGUAGAGACAAGUAGUCUGUGAGCUUCUUGGAAGCUGCAAAUCUUCAGGACUUAAGGAGUGUGUAAAGCAACUUUUGAAACCUUGUGCUAAAAUUUAUUAGCUGAAUAUUUCUGCAGUUUCCUCUGAAUGAGGAAGUUGAUUCUGAAAUUAAAAAAGCCUUGAAUGGGUAAAAUCCAUGUGCAGUGGAAUCACUCAACUUAGCAUAGCUUUAUUUUUUCCAAAGAGGAAAAACUAAAAAACAAACAAACAAACAAACAAAAAAACCAACCAAACCAAAAAAACCACAACCAAAUUAUUUAAUUUUGCUUGGGAUUGGCUGUGAUAAAGCUGAUUUGAUUUUAAAAAACCCCAAAACUAGGUUAUUGCCUACUCAGAGCCUUGAAAUAUUUCAGUGUCAUGUGAGGUAGUCUGUGUCUAAACAUAUUUCACCUAAAUGCUUUUUCACAGACAAGUUGUUAAAACUGUUACAGAAUACCUUCUUUUUGUGUCACAAUUAGAAAUGUUUGCCCCACCUUGUAAGAACAUUUUGUACCAAAUAUUCAUGUGUUGUCUAUGAGAACUUGCACUAACAUAUUAUAUUCUCCCUCCCCUCCUUGACUAGUUUGAGCACAAAUAGGUGUAAUAUUGCUAAACCGGUUGAAUGUGACAUCUGCUUGAGGCCUUGCACCUUUCUCAAGGGCUGCUUUGAGUAAACAGCCUGGAAACCAAAGGGAGAGCCUGAUUCACCAUUCUGCUGUGCCAGCUUUCCACCCUUGUCACUCUUCUGCUGUGAGGCUGAGACUGAAGCCCAGAGAUUUUCAUGUAGGGAGCAGCACUGAGAUUUUUAUCUUUGGAUUUCAAACUAUUCACCAUGGAGGAAACAAGACCAGAGUAGCCAUAGCACUCUUCAGCUUUUUGGUGAGGUUGGAGUAGCAUGACAGUCUUUAGCCCUAACAGAGCAGGGGUUCAGAGGGCAUUGCUGGGCAUUUCAAAACCAGACAGGAGCACAGGCUGUGGAGAUGCAGGACAGCUUCCCAGGGAUGGGCUUUUGGCACAUUUUUAUUUGCCACCUUCUGCAAACCCCUGCCAGGACACAUGGCAAAAAAUCAGCAUUGCUUAUGAGCUUGGAAGGCAUGAAUGGAUUCAUGUUCCUACUCGUCUGAUGUAAGAGAGGCAUUUAUCUGACAUGGGGCUCACUUUGCCUCCUGUCCACAAGAAGUACGACCCACAGAAAACUCUAGCACUGUUUUCUGCGCUGAGGCUGGUUACAGAGACCUUUCCAGGCAGAAAACUGCAGAACCAGAACUCUGCUGAGCCAGUUAACAACCUCCCAGCACCCCUGGAAUUAAUAUGACAGUAUAAGGCACAAGAAUCAGGCUGAAGGCAGCCCCAAAUACCCACUGUGAUAAGCACAGAAGUUCAGAAGAAAAGCUUACACCAGUCUAGGAACAGUAAGUGACCUGGUGAGGGUUUUUUCUAAUGGUGGGUAUUGUUCUGAUUUUAUCACGUGGAUCAGAAAGUGUACAGGUGAAAGUCACUUUGCAAUGAAUGGUGUGCGGGGUUAAAACCAAGGCCAACCCAAACAGGGAGAAAAAAUGAGCUGCAGACGCCCUAUCUGGCUUUGAUACACCCUCCCAGCUCCUCCCAGCAAUCACUGCUGUUAUGAACAUAGACAAUUACUAGAACAAGGAGAUUCAGCAGCAUGUGCAAGAUCUAAAUAAUAAACUCCUACUCUGCCACGGGUCCUCCCUAGUUCCUGUUGCUAGGCCUCUCCAUCUGUCUGUCAACAAAUAACCAUGUCCUGCUGCUUUUAAAAUCCAUGUCAAAAAUCCCUUUGACUUUCAUGGAAAUAGGUCCCUAAGAAAAGAGUUAUUUCUAGCUCUCACUCUCCGGUUAUUUUCAGCUGGGGCAUACUCUAAAACUGAGUUUAUUUUUAAGUAUGAAUAGAGGACUAUUUCUGUCUGCACUAUACAUUGGGUAGAGUCAACAGGAAGCACGGCCUCUCUCUGCUGCAGAAACACUGGUUUCACAGUUCCCUGAUGAAAUGUCUUGUUUUCAUUACCUUCUGAUUUUACAAAGUAAGAUUGUGCACAAACUGACCGGGCAAUAACAGUAAUAUGUACCAUUCACCACAGAUCUAUUUUUAUGUGUUGUGCUGAUUUCAUAAUGAACUUUUAAUAACAAUAAAACAUGAAAUCUUCA